UUGCUUAAGGAUGACAUGUUGAAUGUUCUCCUACAAGUUUCCAUUAAUGGACCAACCUUGGCUGACGCAGACAGCAUAAUUCAAGAUGCUACAAAGCAUUGGCUGAAUGACAAAUCAAGGUACAAAUUGAAACGAGUGAACCAGCCACGACAACCCCCAAAGGAGAAUGCGGAACUACCACGUGCUGCCUUUUUCUCUGCUGCAACCCAAACUGACAUAGUAAUUGACUUGAAUAAGGAGGCGGAGGAAGAAGAACAGAGUAAAGAACAAGAAGCAGAGAUGAUAGUCGCAGAGAGCUUAGGUUUGGCUGGUGAAGACUGCACAGAACAAAACAUAUCAGACGAAGAUUCAGGCCUUGACUCUGUUUCUGAGGAUGAGUUUUAGCCAUGCCCCACUCUCGCCUUGAAUUAUCUGACUGCUUUAUUAGAUAAUUAUUAGCUAAAAUAUCUCAAAAGAUUUAUGUGAUUGAUGAAUCAAAUAGGUCAUAUUCGUAUUUUUGUUGCAAAAUUUCAUAUGAUGUAACAGAAAAGGGCUGCAUUUUAUUAAAUACGUUGUCAUUUCUUGUGUUUGUGAAGCCUGUUCAUCUGCUUCAUUUGGGCAACCAAAAUGCACCAGAUUGCGUCUCAGAGCACUUAAUUUUUCAAAAUUUUCCGGGGGGGGCAUGCCCCCG